AUGAGCUCAGAGUCUGAAGAGUCUGCAGCAUUAGAAUUUGAUGAAAAUGACUCGGCUUUUGUGACGUCUGAUGGCAAAGAGGAAAUUGGAGAUGGCUCGAGUAGUUACUGCCCACCCAAAAAACCGUUGGUUGUGGAUGUUGCAACUGAAGACAAGUCUAAUGCUAGCUCGACUUGGAGUGAUGUUUCUGGCGGAUGCCUGAUUGACUCGGACUUUGAUGAUUAUGAUGAAGAACUUCCAGAUCUUGAUGAAAUAUGGCCUGUUCCGGAUCCACUGCCGUCGCUUCCAAAUGAGCAGAAGGAAUUGGCGAUAGGCGACUUGGACAUGGAUGCAUG